AUGUGUGGAGGUGCUAUCAUUGCUAGCUUUGUGCCUUCAGGCCCCGGAGAAUGUCCGUGUACCCUUCAAAACCACGACUCCUUGCUGCGCUUCGUUCUGCGUACUCAGAUCACACCUCGCUGUUUUAACUUCACCCAACUCAACCCAUGCUCCUACCUCUUCUCCAUCUACAGUGCUCAGGAUCAACAAGGCACUGGGUGGUCUCUGAAUACUAAAAGAUCGCCAGAAAGACCAAACAAGAAGAGAAAGAACCAUUGGAACAACUCAGGGAAAAGGAAGAUGUGUGAUUGCAAUGUAAAUCUUGAAGAUAAUUUAGAAUAUUGUUGGCCCUCACUGACAAAAUGUUUGGACGAGGAAGAUAGCGAUGAGGCCUCGUAUUCAAGUUCAGAUUCUGAAUCGUACUCAGGCCCCUCUGGUCUGAGUUUUAGUGUUUCUAAAGAGUGA